CGCAGGCGCGGAGCUGCCGGGCAGCGGGAAGGGGGUGAGGAUGCUGCCGGCGCUGGCGGACGGGGAUGAGCGGGAGCUGGAGAGCAGCGAGGAGGGCGGCGGGGCGGGCGAGGAGCGGCGGCCGGAGCGGCACGGCAGCACCUACCACAGCCUUUACGGCUACCGGAGCUGCAGAGCCUCGCAGCAGGGCGGUGGGGAUGGCGGUGGCGGUACCGGUACCGGCAGCUCGGCGGCAGAGACCCCUUCCAGCCAAGACUUCAGCCUCUCCCUGCUGGACACAAACUUACCAGCUGAAGCCGAGACUGAGUUGCGCAGUUUUAUUGCCAAGCGUCUCACUAAAGGAGCCCUGUUUGAAGGAAUGGGAAACGUAGUGUCAGUGGAGCUGAGCAUACCAGAAUGUAAAGUUGGUUGUUAUUACUGUCGUUUCCAACAAGAAAAUCUUCUAGAAAUGGCAGCACUGGACUCAGAUGUCAACACUCCAGAAUAUGUGGUUUGUUUCUUAGGUGGCUCAGAGAAGGGUCUGGAACUUUUCAGACUUGAGCUGGACAAAUACAUUCAAAGCCUGAAGAUAAACCUUGUUUUGGAGCAAAAAACCUUGGAGACCCAUGUUAACCCCUACUUGAGAAGCUGGUUUGAGAAUGCCAUAUGCCCUAUACAGAGAGUGGUACAGCUCUUCCAGGAGAAACUUGCCUUUUUAUUACAUGCUGCCUUGAGUUAUACUCCUGUGGAAGUAAAAAAUGCGGAUGAAAAAACAGAAAAAGAUAUUAGCAGGUUUCUGGCAGUUGCUGGUCUCCAAGGACUUGUUCAGGAAGGCACGAUGACAUCCUUGUGUAUUGCCAUGACUGAGGAGCAGCACAAGUCAAUGGUUGUAGACUGUAGUGGACCUCAGCCUCAGUUUCAUAAUGCAGGAAGCAACAAAUUCUGUGAGGACUGGAUGCAUGCUUUUGUGAAUGGUGCUGAAGGGGGAAAUCCAUUUCUCUUCCGGCAGAUUUUGGAAAACUUUAAAUUGAAGGCUAUUCAAGACAUUAACAACCUGAAGAGGUUCAUCCGCCAGGCUGAAAUGAACCACUAUGCCUUGUUCAAGUGUUACAUGUUUCUCAAGAACUGUGGCAGUGGAGACAUCCUUUUGAAGAUUGUUAAAGUAGAACAUGCAGAAAUGCCAGAAGCCAAAAACGUAGUGACUGUCCUUGAGGAAUUCAUGAGAGAAACAUCAGUGGCUUGAAAUGAUUUUAAUUAUUCUGUACUUGUUCAAGGGUAUUGUAUAAAUCAUUAAUUUCUUCUGUGCAGCUCAGUUUCACUACUGCAGGACUUUUAAUUUAUAUUUAAAAGUAUUACCUAAGUAAAACCUAAGUUGUGGUUUCAUCUGCCUUUCCUCUUUCUUAGAGAAAGUAGUUGGAGCUCUUUUUAAUGUGUAAAUAUCCAGUUAUGCAAACUCCUACAUACUUUUCAGUGCUUACCAGAUUCUUUGAAUGACUUACUCCUUUUCUGAGGAAAUCAAGAUAUUUCAUUUUUACAGUCUUUGCACACACAAAAAAACCAACCCAAAUCCCUCACCCGGCAAGCAUUUCAAUGUUUUAAGUAUUUUAAAUCUCUUUUAAAUUAUCAUGUUUAAUCAUUAAGAUGUGGUUACUUUUCUUCUAAUAUAUAAAGAAGCACGAACGUGUGGAUAAAUAAUUGUAAAUGAACUAAUAAUAUUUGUUCAUGUAAGAAAACAUAGGAAACAAACCUGUAGCUAAUUCCUACAUUCUACGUUUAAAGUGGAAGUUUGCUUUUCUGGUACUAGAUAAACAACUUGCUGGUUGGUGUGAAACAGAACUGCAUUAAACCUGACAAGAGUUCUAGGAACCAGUCUGUAUGUAUGCAUUCAUACACUGGAGGGACAUGUUAAAUUCCAAGGCUAUUUGAGGAAUUUUCAUUGUUUUGUGUUGUGAUCAAGACCUUCUUUGUAUGCUCUUAGUACCCAUCUUGCAUAACUCUAAAUAAUCGUGUUUUUCAGUUAUGGAGAUGUAAACAUGAAAAUUUUCAAAUUAAAUAUUAACUUCAAAUUAAUAGAAGUUUCUUCAGAAAUUGAAGUAAACUAAGUUCCCAAGAUGGGAACAAUUAUUCAGACCUUAUUAUUCCCAAUUAUUCAGACCUUAAAAUAUUUCAGCAAUGAAUUCUUACCCACAUGAUAGGACAUUUAGACAGCAGAAUCCUUGAAGAAAAUCUGGCUACAGCUGGAAUUAAAACUCCUGAGGCCUCUGAGUGACCAUGUAAGGAAGGACUAUUUCUGCAAACCUGAUGCAAGAAAAAGUUCUUGUUACUUUUCUUUGCAGCAGAGGCUGGUUGAAGGGCUAACAGGGCAUCAGAACAAUUCUCCCUGAAACAGUAACUUUAACAGUCUUGUUCAAGUUUGAGUGACUGUUUUGCUAGUGCUGUAUGCUGAUAAUAAAAGUUGAAUGCUUUCCUGUGACCCCACUGUGUUGAGCCUAUAAUAAGGUUUACAAUAAAACAUUCAAAUCCA